AUGGCUUCCUCCAGCGGUGUCCUGAGUGAAGAUCAGCUCCAGUGCUCCAUCUGUCUGGAUGUGUUCACUGAUCCAGUCUCGACUCCAUGUGGACACAACUUCUGUAAGAUCUGUCUCAAAGAGUACUGGGACAGCAGUUCACACUGUCAGUGUCCAAUGUGUAAGGAGGAAUUCCCUAAACGACCUCAACUACGUGUGAAUACGUUCAUCUCUGAACUUGCUGCUCCAUUUAAGAAGGCAGUUCAGGUGAAAUUCAGUAGUGCUGCAGAAAAACCCACACAAUCUGUGGUGCUCUGUGACGUCUGCUGUGAAAAGAAAUGUGCAGCUGUGAAGUCCUGCCUGAUCUGUAUGGCCUCUUACUGCAAGACUCACCUGGAACCUCAUGAGAGAAUUUCUUCAUUAAAGAAGCACAAACUGAUGGAUCCUGUGGAGAACCUGGAGGACUACAUCUGCCUGAAGCAUGAGAGACCCCUGGAGCUGUUCUGUAGAGUCGACCAGACGUGUGUGUGUCAGUUCUGUACUGAGGGAGAACACAAAACUCACAGGACUGUUCCUAUAGAGGAGGAGAGUGAAGAGAAGAAGACUGAGUUGGGAAAGACACAAGUGGAAGUUCAGCAGAUGAUCCAGGAGCGAGUGAAGAAGAUUGAGGAAAUCAGACACUCUGUAGAACUCAAUAAAAAAAACACAGAGAAGGAGAAAGCAGACAGUGUGAAGUUCUUCAGUGCUCUGAUGCGCUGCAUUGAGAGAAGUCAGACUGAGCUGCUUAAGGUGAUGGAGGAGAAGCAGAAAGCAGCAGAGAUGCAGGCUGAAGAGUUCAUUAAAGAGCUGGAGCAGGAAAUCACUGAGCUAAAGAGGAGAAACACUGAGCUGGAGCAGCUCUCACACACUGAGGAUCACCUCCACCUCCUACAGAUUUACCUGUCACUGUGCAGCCCUCCACACACCCAGGACUGGACUGACGUCACAAUUAACCCUCAUCUGAGUGAGGAGACUCUGAGGAGAGCUCUGUCUCAGCUUCAGGAAACUCUCAGUGAGGAAAUGCAGAAGGUUCCAGAGAUUAACCUGAAGAGAAUUCAACAAUAUGCAGUGGAUGUGACUCUGGAUCCUGAUACAGCUCAUCGUAAACUCAUCCUGUCUGAUGAUAGGAAACAAGUGAAACAUGGAGACAAGAGACAGAAUCUCCCUGAUAACCCAGAGAGGUUUAAUCGUUGUGUCUGUGUCCUGGGAAAGGAGGGAAUCUCCUCAGGGAGAUUUUACUAUGAAGUGCAGGUCAGAGGGAAGACUGCAUGGGAUUUAGGAGUGGCCAGAGAGUCCAUUAACAGGAAAGGGGAUAUUACAGCCAGUCCUGAAGAUGGAUACUGGUGUGUGUGGCUGAGGAAUGAGACUGAAUAUGAGGCUUGUGAUUCUCCCUCUGCCUUCCUCUCCUUGAAACAGGCUCCUCAGAAGGUGGGGGUGUUUGUGGAUUAUGAGGAAGGCCUGAUCUCCUUCUAUGAUGCUGAUGCAAAAUCUCAUAUCUACUCUUUCACUGGUCAGAAUUUCACUGAGAAACUUUAUCCAUACUUCUGUCCCUGUCCCAAUGAUGGAGGUAAAAAUUCAGCACCACUGAUCAUCUGCCCUGUUCAUCAGAUCUAAUCUUUCUAUUUAUUUUAUUUUAGUAUUCAUACUGUCUUGCAUCAGAUGAAUUA